UGUCGAUUUUAUUUAGCGUCAAAAUGCGGUAUCGAUUCGGACCAAUCCGUGUAAAUAUUAGUAUUUAUCUGCGCAUGCGCAUUAAGCAUCUCUAAGUGAAACAAUUGUUAAAAUGGCGGACUUUGAUGGUCACGACGAAAGUGUUGUACUGACAUUUAAGUCCAGAAAAAAGAAGAGGUCAUGCACAGAAAGAGAAAAAGAAAAGAUCUUUCGUCAUUCAGGAGGAGGAAUGAUCCCGUCCAUUUCGUGUAAUCAUAUUAAAGGAUUCUGCAAGGCUCAAGAUAUAACACCUGAUGACCUGGUGAAAUGCCAUGCAGAGUUUUACAGCAAAUUGAACAAAGUGUCACAAGAUGCUGCUAUAGUAGCUUUGCUUGAUGCGGACACCACGAAAAGAGUGAAUGAUCAGAGGAAAAACACAAGACACAUGACGAUCAAAUCUUUUCUUUGUAGUGAUGGAAACAAGCUGCAAGUUUGCCAGUCUUCUUUUGUUCAGCAUUGUGGAAAAACUGGGAUUCAUUCAACACAAAGGAGCCUGGAAAAAAGAACUGUGUAAAGGUGGCUAAAAAGACAGAUGUUCUUUGUGUUCUCGAAGCCGUAGGAGUGGAGGAGAGAAUAAAGAUUUCUUAUGAGGCACUGCUAUGUGAUGCUACUGAGGAUGUUGCUCAUUCUAACUCUGAUGUAGAUAGUGCCUAGUUUGUCUGAAUUAUUUAUUUUUUCUUGCU